GCCCCACCGGCGCGGGGCGGGGGAGGGAGGAGCCAGCGCGGCCGCCGCCUCUGCCGGAGGAGCCGCGGGGCCGCCACACUCGCCCCCCGCCCCCCCGCGCUCACUCGCACUCACACCCGGGCGCAGGCGGCGGGCGGCCCGGGCCCCAGCGGCCCCCGAUGGACGGCGCCGGCACGGGGCGCUGAGACCCCCGCCUAGCUGCCCUGCCCGGCCCCGCGCGCCACGCCGAGGACCCUCUGGACAGGACCAGACUCCACGGCUCCCGCCCAGCCCAGGACCACCCCUCACCUCACCCGCCGCCCAGCCCUGCCACCUGCCACUCCCUCCCUGGCCCCUCUCACCGCCCAACCCCCCUUUGGGGCACAGGGUACGGUGUGACAGGCCAAGUGCUGAGGCGGGGGCCAUGGGUGCUGUGCCCUAGGGCCUGGGUGGUUAGGGGUUGGGCAGUCUGGGUGUGCCGGGGGGGCCCUGUGUGCCCACCCGUCUCUUGGCGUGCUGGAGGGCAUCGUGGAUGGAAUUGAAGUGAAUGGAACAGAAGCCAAGCAAGGUGGAGUGUGGGUCAGACCCAGAGGAGAACAGUGCCAGGUCACCAGAUGGAAAACGGAAAAGAAAGAACGGCCAAUGUUCCCUGAAAACCAGCAUGUCAGGGUAUAUCCCUAGUUACCUGGACAAAGACGAGCAGUGUGUCGUAUGUGGGGACAAGGCGACCGGUUAUCACUACCGCUGCAUCACCUGUGAGGGCUGCAAGGGUUUCUUCCGCCGCACAAUCCAGAAGAACCUCCAUCCUACCUACUCGUGCAAGUAUGACAGUUGCUGUGUCAUCGACAAGAUCACCCGGAACCAGUGCCAGCUCUGCCGCUUCAAGAAGUGCAUCGCUGUGGGCAUGGCCAUGGACUUGGUUCUAGACGACUCGAAGCGGGUGGCCAAGCGGCGGCUGAUCGAGCAGAACCGGGAGCGGCGCCGCAAGGAGGAGAUGUUCCGCUCCCUGCAGCAGCGCCCCGAGCCCACGCCCGAGGAGUGGGACCUGAUCCACGUGGCCACCGAGGCCCACCGCAGCACAAAUGCCCAGGGCAGCCACUGGAAGCAGAGGCGCAAGUUCCUGCCCGAUGACAUUGGCCAGUCACCCAUCGUCUCCAUGCCGGACGGAGACAAGGUGGACCUCGAGGCCUUCAGCGAGUUCACCAAGAUCAUCACCCCGGCCAUCACCCGCGUGGUGGACUUUGCCAAAAAACUGCCCAUGUUCUCCGAGCUGCCUUGCGAAGACCAGAUCAUCCUCCUGAAGGGGUGCUGCAUGGAGAUCAUGUCGCUGCGGGCGGCCGUCCGCUAUGACCCCGAGAGCGACACCCUGACGCUCAGCGGGGAGAUGGCCGUCAAGCGGGAGCAGCUCAAGAACGGCGGCCUGGGCGUGGUCUCCGACGCCAUCUUCGAACUGGGCAAGUCACUCUCUGCCUUUAACCUGGACGACACGGAAGUGGCUCUGCUGCAGGCUGUGCUGCUAAUGUCAACAGACCGCUCGGGCCUGCUGUGCGUGGACAAGAUCGAGAAGAGUCAGGAGGCAUACCUGCUGGCGUUCGAGCACUACGUCAACCACCGCAAACACAACAUUCCGCACUUCUGGCCCAAGCUGCUGAUGAAGGUGACUGACCUCCGCAUGAUCGGGGCCUGCCACGCCAGCCGCUUCCUCCACAUGAAAGUCGAGUGCCCCACCGAACUCUUCCCCCCACUCUUCCUCGAGGUCUUUGAGGAUCAGGAAGUCUAAAGCCUCAGACGGCCAGAGGGUGUGCGGAGCUGGUGGGGAGGAGCCUGGAGAGAAGGGGCAGAGCUGGGGGCUGAGGGAGACCCCCCCCACACCUCUUCUCUCCUUCCUCUCGCCCUCGGAUAGAUUCAGCUCCCACACACACCCGCACUGCCCCCCGUCCCUCUCAGAGCCUGCAGCCCCGGGACAGGGCAAACCAAUGAACUUCCUAUGAAAAGGACAGUGUGGGAGGCGGGCGGGGGGAGCCGUGUCCUGCAGUGUCCAGGAUCCCGGCCUCCAAGAAGGUAGGGGAGGGGAGGGAGAACGCACAGGGCACGAGCCAUCCGGACCGUAGAGGGUCCGAGGAACCGUGGGGUGGGGGACGAUGCCCUCUACUCACCCCUGCGCCCCCCCCCCGAGAGAGCCCUCCCCCCCCGCCCGUGGCCGAGGUGCCCCUCCAGGCUGAGGGCUGCUCUGCCUCCCACAUGCCUGGGUGCCGAGGAAGGCUUGGCCUGGCUCCUCCACCGGAGGCUAAACACGAUAGUCAUUCUAACUGCACUUUGGAAACCAGGCACGGGGAGAAGAGACAUGAAGAAGAAGAAGAAAAAAAAAAAACCUAGACAGAGAGAAAAAGAAAAAAAAAAGAGAGAGAGAGAGCGAGAGAGAGAGAGAGAGAGAGCGAGAAAGCGUGCGCUUGAUAGAUGAUAUUAAGUUAUUAACUGAGGCUGGCCAGAGGGGAGGACCCCCCCCAACCACCCCCAAGCACUUUGAGAGCUGCCCCUCCUCCCCCCAAGUCAGAGAGAACUGUCCCCCUGCCCCCAAACCAGGGCCUCCCUCGAGGGUAGGGCUGCCGAUCAGAGCUGUGAGUCCACACACAGGGUCCUGGCCACCCCCUUGCCUUGCCCCUGCCCUCGGUGCCCCUUUGGCACGCUCGCCCCAGGACCCCCUCUGCUCUCUGCCACUCGUGCCCGCUGAGUUCCAUCUACCUCUCACGCUGGACGCCAGCUGGCCCCUCACCAGCCUGCCCUGCUGCCCACACAGCGACCCUUUCAAGUGCCCAGCCCCAGGGGCCUCCCCGUCCGCCCCCCACUUCUCCACCUGGACCCCCGCACGGGAGCCCAUGGCCCCCGCUCUGCCUCCUCCUCAUGUCCUGCAGUAUUAGCUCCAGUCCAGAUGCUGCACCGGGAGGGGGUGCGCUGCGCCCCCACCCCACGCAGACCCUGUCUCCCAUCUGGCUUCUGGGCGCUCUCCCCCCCCCCCUUGCCCUCCACCCCCCCACACCCAAUGCAGGUGGGGCAGGCAGGCACUGGACUGGGGGGCGCUUAGAUAAAUGGCACUUAGUUGGGGCCCCAGGAGAGGGGCUGGUUGGUGCUCCCCCUUCUCCCCCGGAAGCUCUUUAGGCCAGCUGCCCCUCCGCCCCUGGGGACUAACCCUCUUUUCUCUAAUUCAGGGACUUUGGCUUGAGCCCCUCCCCCCACCCUGGUGGGGAGCGCUCUGUUGGUCUGCACUGGGGGAGCCACCCCCCCCACCCCGCCACUCCUCCCGCCAUGGGCCCCAGCCCCCCUCUAGAGGAGGGGUGGAGAGGGUGGGGAGGGGAAAGGGCGGGCGGGACAGAGCAGACCAGAGGGCCCUGGGCUCAGGGCUGCGUGACGGCAGGGAUGGAAGGGUGGACGUAGAUGCCCCCCGGAAGCCAUGGGCAGUGGGGCAGGGUUGGGGGGAGGGUGCCAGGGCUUCCUGCGCUUUGCACUAUUGGGGCAAAAAUGUCUUAAGCGGUGGGGAACCUGCCACUCCAUCCUGACCCUCAGCCUGCCACAGCCCCCUCCACAUACACACACACACACACACACACGCACACGCACAUACAUGCACACACGCGCGCGCACACACACACACACACAUGCACGCACAGACGCACACCUGUGUGCUGGCAGGCCAUGCUGUGCUGCCUCUGGCUCCGCCCGUCCCCUCUGUCCAGGGUGGAGGGGAGGCUGCGGGCAGCCACUGUCACCUGUGCGUGUGCCUGCCCCGCCCCCAUGGACCCUGGGCCGCCAUGCUGUCUUUGUCUGUCUCUCUCCUCUCUCUCCUGGGGUUCUGAUUCCUGUAUUACUCGGGUCCCAGGCGUGAUCCCUUCUGUCCCUUCUGCCACCCCCAGAGGCCCAGUGGGUUCCUGACCCGUCCGCCCCCACCCACGUCCCUCCGUCCCUUUUCCCCCCCCAUCGCCAUUCUCAGCCAUGGCCUCUCCCAGGCCCUGGGGAGCCCCCCCACCCCGUCCUCGGAGCUGUGACCCCCCCGUGCCGCCCCCUCCCUCCCGGUGCCGUGGGGGGGUGCUUUCCUCUGCGUGAAUGUGUGCGUGAGUGCGCGUGGCGGGCGGGUGGGGGGGAGCCGGGCACUCAGGGGUGCCGUGCGCCUGCUCUCAAGGCAGCUGUCCCAGUCCCUGCUUCGGAAGUGGGGGACAGGGCCCCCUCCCCGGGGGGCCAUUGGUGCUAAUGAGGGGGACGGCCUUGACGCAGGUGCUCAGCACGCCUCCCCCGGUAUUGGCCCGGGCACUAGGGCAGGCAGGGUGGGGCAGAUGGUGCAGUAUUGGUGGGGGGAGACCCUGCUGGGAGUAGGAUGAGGGGGCCAGGCCAGGACAAGGGGGUGCCAGAGCCAUGACCACUAGCCCGCCCCCACCAUCGGCCUCUCCAUCUCAGUAUUCCCCUCCCAUCACUCAUAACACACAUACCUCAUCCAGCCACCUCCCUGCUCAGACCUGGGGAGGCGGGGGGAGCCCCGAACCCUUCCCCUGGGGGCGGGCCUGCAGGGCUGGGAGAGGGCAGGGCGAUGACAGACACGGCCGUGGGGGGGACUGUCAUUCCCGACCCCCCUGGGGGAGGGGGACUCUUCCCUGGAGGCCCUACUGAAUGUAUGAGAAGCUGGUGCUGGGGGGGCGGGGAGGGGGGGUUGCGGCCAGAAACAGGGAAGGAAGUAGGUCCCUUCCCCGGGGUGGGGUGGGACUGGUAGGGGUGACUGGGGGGGGCUUGUACUCCUGCCCCACGUUGACAAUCAGUAUGUCUGUUAUGUGCGAUUUUUCACCCCGUUGUGUUUUGGGUCAGGAUUUUAAAGAAAGAUAUUUUUAUGGUAAUUGUUGCUCGUCUAUUUUACUAUAUAUUUAUGUAAUAAAUAUAUGAUGAAAAUAAC